CCCCCCCCCCCGCCCGCCGCAGCAAACCAGUGGCUAUCUCGCUCCUCCUCCUCCAUCCUCCAACGCGCCACAACUGCCGGAGCCGCCAGCGAUGUCGUAGACGACGUCGGCGGAGGAGCGGUGGAGGCGGUGAUGGGAGGGGAGAUGAAGGGAGGCGGAGGAGAGAAGGCGGAGGGAGGAACGGCGGCGGCGGAGGGGGUGGUGAACUGGCAGGAAGCGAGGAACAAGGCGGAGAUACUGUCGCAUCCACUGUACGAGCAGUUGUUGUCGGCACACGUGGCGUGCCUGAGGAUAGCGACGCCGGUGGAUCAGCUGCCGAGGAUCGACGCACAGCUGGCGCAGUCGCAGCACGUUGUCUCCAAGUACUCCACGUUAGGACCUUCUCAGGGACUCGUCGGCGACGAUAAGGAGCUUGACCAGUUCAUGACGCAUUAUGUGCUGUUGCUGUGUUCAUUCAAAGAACAACUGCAACAGCAUGUCCGAGUCCAUGCAAUGGAAGCCGUCAUGGCCUGUUGGGAGAUUGAGCAAUCUCUUCAAAGCUUAACAGGAGUAUCACCUGGGGAAGGGACAGGAGCUACAAUGUCGGAUGAUGAAGAUGAACAAGUAGAGAGUGACGCUAAUAUGUUUGAUGGAAGCUUAGACGGCUUAGGGUUUGGUCCUCUGAUUCCCACCGAGACCGAGAGAUCCUUGAUGGAACGAGUUCGACAAGAGCUCAAACAUGAACUCAAGCAGGGUUACAAAGAAAAGAUAGUAGACAUAAGAGAGGAGAUACUGAGGAAGAGAAGAGCAGGGAAACUACCAGGAGACACAACCUCUGUUCUCAAAGCAUGGUGGCAAUCUCAUUCCAAGUGGCCCUAUCCCACCGAGGAGGACAAGGCGAGGUUGGUGCAGGAGACGGGUUUGCAGCUUAAACAGAUUAACAAUUGGUUCAUCAAUCAGAGAAAGAGGAAUUGGCACAGCAAUCCAUCUUCUUCCACUGUCUUGAAGAACAAACGCAAAAGGUGAAAAUAGCAGCAGCAGAGAGCGUUUCACAUAGAACAAAUGUAUAUGUGUGUGUGUGUGGAGCUGCUCUCAUGGAGGAAAUUGGACCAAAACAUAGGUUGAUAGAAAGAGAAGAUGAGCUUCUUUCUUUCUCACACACAGGUGGAAAUGGAUAGGAGGGGGCUUUAGAGAUUCGAACCAAGACAGAAGUAGAGAAGUUAUAUUAACGCGUGCGCCCUUUUACAUAGCUUUGUUUAAAAAAAGAUUUAGUGAAAAUGCUUUUGUCUGAUAUGAGUUUUGUUUUGUUUUUUUUUUUAAUUAUGAAAUCAUAUUGGGUAUCAUCAACACCUCCUCUUCAUAUAUUGUGAAUAUGAUAUAGUGAGAGUUUUGGAAUGUACAGUUUAUAUUAUUAACCUUUUCCAUA